AUGUGGACUGGGGCCGGGUUUGGGGCUGGGCUGGGCUGGCUUCGGUCUCCGACUCCGGGAUUUGAGCCGCGAAGGAAGAGACAGCCAGUUACCAAUUCUCCACCUGGGUUGCUCGCGUCUUGCGCGCGGCCGGCCGGCUGGAGGGGGAAGCCCCCAGGCUCAAAGUGGAAAGGAAGGCGUACCCUUCUGCUAGCUUGCCUGCCUGCCCGCGCGCGCGAGCGACCGGCAUGUGCUUUUUGGGGGGGCCAGGGGGGCGGGAAGGGGAGCGAGAGAAGGAUGGCCUCGGGCUUUGCGUACUUCGGUUGUCGGAUUUAA